GGCUUUUCUUCUGCUGACAGUGGGUUUUUGCUCUGCAUCACCAGUGCCCUCACUAAAUGUAACUGACAUUGAUGAGGAACAGAAGGAUAUUUCUGAAAUAAACAAAGGUUUACAUCUAAAAGAAGGAGACAUCAUGGUGCCAAGGGAAAGAAGUUCAAUUCUGGGAAAUCAAUACCUGUGGGAAAUGCCUGUCCCCUACGUCCUGAGUGCUGAUCUGAGUGUGAAAUAUAAAGGAAUUAUACUGAGGGCUUUUGAGCAGUUCAGACUGAAAUCAUGCAUAGACUUUAAACCCAGGACAACAGAAACUUAUUAUAUUUCGGUGGUGACUUCUAAAGGAUGUUCAUCAUAUAUUGGGCGGAAGGUUCCCCAGAGUCAAAAUCUUUCCAUUGGAGACGGCUGUGGAACUAUAGCAAGUGUUGAGCAUCUAUUUCUCCAUGCACUGGGAUUUUAUCAUGAGCAUACAAGAUAUGACAGAGAUGAUUAUGUCACAAUUAAACAUCAAAACAUCAAAGCAGGGGAUGAGAGCAAAUUCGAUAAAGUCAGUCAGAAUUUGAGUAGUGUCCAGGGCACCCCAUAUGACUACAUGUCUCUCAUGCAUUAUGGUAAAGAUUCCUACAGCAAUGGUAAUGGAUCCACAAUUAUUACUAAGCGUCCUGAGUUUCAAGAUAUGAUUGGUCAGAACCUAGACAUGAGUGAAUAUGACGCUAUUGAGCUCAACAGACUCUAUAAAUGCAAUUUGUCCACCACUUUCCUUCAGAGCUGUAGUUUUGAUGAUGAAUCUCUGUGUCAGAUGAGUUUCUGUUCUUCUACUGAACACGGAUGGCAGAGAGUCAGUUCAGUGAGAGCCGUCAAUGUGACUGACCACACAUACUUGCACAAAAAGACAAGUGGGAGCUCUUUCUUUAUGCACUUCAGUGAAGAGGGCAAAAAUGAGGGCGACUCCGCUAGACUCGAGACCAAAGCAAUGACCCCAACAAGAGACUGCAAAGUUCAGUGUCUUCAGUUUUAUUACUAUCACAGCGGCAAUGAGAAUGACAAGCUCAACAUCUGGAUAAGAGAACACCAGAAUGAAGCAGACAGCAGAGGACGAUUCAGACUUAUGGAUAGCAUCACAGGAUCACCUGGUAAUUACUGGCGGUUGCACCACGUGUCACUAAAUGCAGAUAAAACCUUCCGACUUCUAUUUGAAGCACGUAAAGGAGCUGGAAACUCCAGUGGAGGCUUCUCAUUGGAUGAUAUCAAUAUUUCACAGACUGAGUGCCCCCAAAUAUGGCAGAUAAGGAACUUUAGGGAGCUUAAGAAUAAUACAGCAAGUCCACUGUAUUAUUCUAGUGAAGGUUAUCGCUAUCAGGUUAAUAUUUGGAAUUAUGAGACUUACUUUUCAUUGUAUGUUCGUUUGGUAUCUGGUGAGUUUGAUGACCAAUUGCAGUGGCCUUGUGCAUGGAGACAAGUGACCUUCCAGGUGCUUGAUCAGAAUCCACAUAUGCAGAAACGCAUGUCCUUUGAGAGAAGCCUCACCACAGACCCAGCAAAGUUUACUGGUAAAAGGUUUUUGUGGGAUAAUCCUCGACACAAUGGAACUCAAAUCAAAAUUGGCAACGAGACAGUGUUUGUUACAGAUGGAUAUGGAUAUCAAUAUUUCAUGUACAAAAAUGAGCUCACUAAAAGAGAGUUUAUCAAUGGUGAGGAGAUCAUAUUUCUCUUCAGCAUGCAAGACACUUCAGGGCUGCUUCAGAAUAAUUCUGUAUCUUGCCCAAAUGUGAGAGUAAAGAGUAAUGCUUUUCGUAAUGAAAGUGCUUCCAGAGGUCUAACUCGGUCCUUUCUGAUCCUCUUGGUGGGUUUGUGGCUUUUUCUGCUGAAUUAAUCAUAAGAAGAACCUGCUCUCACAGCCUUAUGACUUCACAAGAAUAAAAAUUCAGCGCAAGUUUGUCCUCUCAUAUAUUUAUACAUUUUCUCUUCCACUAUUUACCUCUGUGUGGGGUUGUAGUAUCUGGAAGAUCCUUCUUAACACAUUGUUUAUUUCAUCCUAUCUAAUACAUUAUGAGAUUUGGUCACACUUUAGAAUAGGGACCAAUUAUCAAUAUUAAUCAACUAUUAACUACUAUAUUUUUGUCUCAAUAAACUCCUAAUUUAUAUCAGGUCUUUGUAGGUUUAGGUUUUGGGUAGAAUUAAGGGAUGUAGAAUAAGGUAAUGCAGAAUAAGGCUUUAAUAUCUUUAUACUUGUA